UUUUUUUGUUUAUCUUAGUUGCUUUGCAGUUAGUGCUUUGUUUAGCAAUUUUUUGACAUUUACUGUUACCAUUUUUUUAAUUGAAAUGUUCUCAGAAAUUUGGCAGUUCUUCGUUGACAACAUUUUUGCUGCUCUGUUAGUGCUUAUCCUGUUCAGUUUGAUCGUUGGACUUGUUUUUUGGAAGUAUUCUCUGACCGAAAUUCGACAAGUUCGUUUUUUAAUAUUUAAUAAUUGUGUUAUCUUAAUCCCAAACAGCUAA